AUACGGCCUCUAUCUUUGAGGGGGCAUGGGAGGACCCUGGAGAUGAAGGGGAGGAGCAGCAGGAGGAGCCAGAACCAGCUGAUUCUAACCAUGAGGAGUCCCGAGAGACAGAUUCUACCCCUCAGCCAGCCACGCAGGCCGAUGCGCAUGAUGAUCAGCCAGAGCAGCAUGUGCCUUCAACUCCAUCGAGAAGCAGUUGGCAGCAGUUGUUGAACCAGCAGCUGUCCAAGACUCCAAGGACUCCAAUGAAGAGGGUGACUUGGGAGGAGAAGCUGCAGAGGCUGGAAGAAGGAGAGGCAACACCUCUGCGACGCAGUGCUCGAAUUUCCCAGCCACCUGAAAGGUCCAGCUGGUUGGCUUCAGUGAUGCCGACUAUGCUGGAGAUUCCGCAAGUCGCAAGAGCCACAGUGGUCUGCCAUUGCCCUUGCACAGAAUGCAUGCUUGCAUGGCCGCACCAAACACAUGCAGGUCCGGUGGCAUUUCAUUCGGGAGAUGGUGGCUGCGGGAGAGGUGAUUUUGCAGUGGUGCCCCACCAACCGUCAGGCUGCUGAUAUCCUUACCAAGGCUCUUCCAUUU